GCGGCAGCGAGCGUGGGUGCGGAAAGUUUGGUUCGUGUUUCGGGUGGAGAGACGGGUCUUGCUCGGCCGGUUGUGUUUGUACGCGCCGGAGCAACUCGCUCUCACAAGAGUUCAAUUGAGUUUAUUCGUUCCUGCUCGGGGCCGGCAUCGGGCUGCUCAACAGGUUACGUCAGCUUUGUAUUCGCUCGCUGUCACGCUAAAAAACAACGCCGGAAGAGUCUAGCGGGUGCCGGAGGUGUAUCGUACGUCGACGAAGGCUGAAGGAAGAUGUCGUUUGAUCCCGAGCGCAGUAGCACCAAUGGCAACGAGAGCCCCGAGCUCGAAGAUGUGGAUUCCCCAUGGGCAGCGCCUUCGGCGGACAAGCGCAAAGUGGAGGUGGUGCUUGUGACCGGUUCGAGUGGCUUCCUGGGUCAGCAUGUGGUCAAGCUGCUGCAGGAGCUCGACAAGAACGUCAAGGAGAUCCGCCUCUUUGACAUCAAGCCCUACGAGAACAAAUUGAAACACGGCACAGAGAAACCCAUGAAGGCCACCGUGGGCGACAUCUGCAAUGCCAAGGCGGUGCAAGAAGCAUUUGCGGGUGUCGACUGCGUCAUCCACACUGCGGCCCUGGUUGACUGCAGCAUCUUUCCCGAUGCAGAGGCCAUGGAGGCUGUUAACGUCGAAGGUACACGAACGGUGAUCGAUGCCUGCAUUCGGCAGAACGUGCCCUACCUAGUGUUCACGAGCACGGUCGAUGUGGUUGUGAGCAGCAACCAUAUCUUCUUCGGUGCGGAGAACACCACCUUCACGCCGAAGCACUUCCUCAUGGGUCCCUAUGCCGAGACCAAGCACCGUGCUGAGCAGCUGGUGCUCCAGGCCAACCAGCGCGUACUGGCCGAUGGCCACACAAAGUUCAGCACACUGGUACUCCGGCCAACGGCAAUGUACGGGGAGGAGGACCAGCACUUCGUGGUGCAGUUCUUGCGUGUCGCCAAGUCCUCCAAGAACACCCUGACCAAGAUCCGCAGCGUCGACGAGCGCUUUCAGGUGACGUACGUGGGAAACGCCGCCUUGGCGCACCUACGAGCCAUGGAGAAGCUGGCCGUCGACGAGUCGGUGGCGGGCGAGGUGUUCUACGUGACGGACGACACGCCCCUCGAGGACAUGUACGAGUUCCUGCGGCCGUUCGUCGAGUGCCAGGGAUGCCGCCUGUCGGACUACACGGUCCCCUACCUGCUGGCGAUCCUGGUGCUCAUGCUGUUGGCCCUGGUUCUGCGGCUGGUGCGGCCCCUGUACCGGCCAAAGUCCUACGUGCCUCCGCCCUCAGCCGUCACCUACAUAUGCACCUCGCUCUUCUUCAACCGCACCAAGGCCACCCUGCGACUCAACUACUACCCCAACGUGACGCCUGACGAGGCUGUCCAGCGAUCCAUCUCCUAUUACAAGUCCCUCCAGUUUCCCGGAUGAUGUCUCAACGCUGUCGUUGCUGCCUUUGCCUCCGCGGGGAUCGUACCAUGCCAUGCUUUAGCAGUCAGUCUUCGCUAAGCUUGUAGGAGCGCUGCUUGGUCGUUCCCGAGAGUUCCUAGGGGACGGCUUUGGGGCUCUGUUAACGUGAUAAGAGUUGCGGGCAACCACUGUUUUACGGGGUAGUGUAUCUACGGGAUCAUUCUCUUCUUCUUCACGUCAUAACCGAUUCUCUUCAGCAUGUGCUGGCCAGAAGCGCACAACAUCCCUUCUACGCUCCUGGAAUGUGCCACAAAGCAGGGCAAACCAGGUCAGAGAGGUAUAGCUGUGUUACUUUCUUCGGCAAACUGUGCUACAAACCAUCCUGACCAUGAUACUUGGUCGUGGUAAAUCAUUCAGGUACAGAACUCUUCUCUACUCUUCUCUAGCCAUACUUUAUGUCCCAGAAAUAGUCUUGGAAAACACGUUCAACACGUGGUUCUUGAAUGGCAUCGCGACAUGCAGGGUAAACACUUCAUGCUUGCGUGUUGCUUCACUGUUUUACAUGCCAGCCAUUUCUACAAACCUGUAGCUGUUCAAACAUGCACACACUCGCGGCAAAGUAUCACGCCUGCGGUGCUUACAGCCACAUGGUGUCCAGCUUCGAUUACUUGCAACUAAUCAUACGUAAAUAUUGUAAUCCUGCAUGGGAAUAAUUCAUUGUCAUAACCUGGCAAUGCCUGCUUGGUAGCCCUGGUCUCAGCUCCUUCGUCAGCACGAGUUGCCCAAAGGGGGUAAGGCUAGGCUGCUUUUGUUGCAGCUGGCUGCUCGCAGCGGUGAGUCACGUGUUCCAACAGUGCUCCACAAUGACGUUGUGUCUCAACCCGCAGCCUUGGUUAAAAUUGGUUAAGCCAAAAACUGCCAUCAUUGCCGCGUCACCUCAAACACAUGAUGAAGAGUGCAGUGCGCAUGACUGUCGUCCCGGCCACUCAGACUACGAGAAAUGCCAGGCCCACAGUUUAAGGAAUCUUCUACAUUUCUUACUGUGCAUCACCUACGCUCUUCGCUCAGUCGGGUCGUUGUCAUACACAUUGAUGAUGCCCAUCAAUGGCCGGACGAUUUUAAAGCUGUCUAGUUGCUCAACUGUGUGACAACCUACCCUUGUGUGCCGCGAACUCCCUCACCCUUAUUUUUCUUCGUAUUCCCUGAAGAUUCCCUUUGGUAACCCUGUGAAUACCCUCGUUGAGAGCACCCACUGCUCAAUCUGUAUUCUCUCGAGGCAUUUAAUAGCUUAGGCGUUUAUGCUACACGCCAAGAGCAUCCCGGUUGCGCAAAGUUGCAUAUCUAGCAUUUGUAACAUUAAUCAGCAUACUUUUUUUGUCACUUCAGUGGGAAGUAUACACCAACAUUGCUGUGUUCGUCAUGAUGGUGUACAUCUGGUAUGGUGAGUGGUUACACUUUGUCAUUGUUAGUACACGUAUGCUUCAUCUUUAGCUAUGCUACAGAAGCCAUGAAUAGGCUGACAGUACAACUCCUGUGACACUGUAUAAAUACGAUUUUACCUCAAUAUCGCGAAAUUGUGUCCAGCACCUUCAUUAGAAGGGCACUCUUUGAUAUUGCCAAGAAAAAUAAUGCUCAACCACAUGUAGCAAAACAAAAAUAAGAAACGUGGCACCUUUGAUAGGGCCACGUUUCAUAAGGCCAUAAAUUUGUAUGGCCAAUCUGUGGUUUGCUAUGCACCUAAACAACUUUUAUAUACCGGUGUCACACAGGCACCUAUGAUCGUGAUCAGGGAGAUCUGGAAUAGGCUCAAUCUGGAUCAGGUGCCACUUUGAUUCGCGAUUAGGAUCGUCAGGAUCAGGAUGAUUGUGAUCGGCACAGCGUGAUCUGGGAUUUGGCUGUUGUCUGUGCCAAACUCAAUCAAGACUAGUUUGGGCAGUGUAGCAGCCACGAUUGUUGAUUGCAGUCAAGGAAUCUGAUCUAGGCCAGCCGUGAUCGUCAUCAAACGGGCCUAUGUGACACGGGUAUUAAAUUGCAAACAUGUUUCACACUGUUAAUACUCCAAUGUAUACUCCGAAUCAUAUGGAAUCGGCACGUCGAGUUGGCCGAGUCAAUGCCUUUCAAGGCAGAGCAAGUAACCAAACAUACACGCACUUUUGGAUGUGUCAUUUCACGUUGUUCUUGCUAUAUGCACACAAGAUGUGAGCAAACCUUUUUGCUACCACAGUAGGUGCGAGAUGUGAGCACAUAACCGUUUGUUUUGCUGUAGCCAGGAUUGUCUCAGAUCUAACAUUUUGGGUUUGAACAGAGCAGCAGAAUGUUGACUGAAAUGAAAGCAUGACCUACGAAAUUUUUUUACUUACUUCUUUUUGCCCAGAAGUUCGUAAUUUCAGUGUUCGUUAUAUUGAGGUUUGGCUGUAUUUUCUGUAGCUUAAGUAAUUAAUAUGACCGCUGUGGAAACAAACCCGUGAAGCACUGUAGAAACAUUGUUUUAGUUCCCGUAGAUUAUCUCCUUGCAUUUGGUGCUGGGUUUUUUUAAUGUCGGCUUUACCUGGCGGUUACUUCUGAUUGAGUUGUGCCCUCAUGUAUGUAACUGUGUUUCUCUCUCUUUUAAUGUAGUCUAUCUUGGUGGAGUGACCAUUCGUAGGGGUGCUAGUUCAAUGUUUUUGUUGAUUGCAUAUAUGCAUAUGUAUACACAAGUUAUAAGGUGGAAGCUAUGUAUUGCAUAGAGGCCAGGGUCUGUACAGAUAAAUUUUUUUAUCAACUCCGGAAGGGGCCGGACCUCUCUGGGUGCGCUUUCCAGAUAGUAGACAACGGCGUCAUACUAUUUACAUCGUAGGCGGGGUGUGCCAUUUUGUCCCGCACAUUCAUGAAUUGUUUAUCCCACCUUUUGGUGCUGCCGUCAUGUCGUUGCAACCUGUUGUGUUUCAAGCUAACAUACAGACCACGUCCGGUGCUUCUCCGAAUAACACCGUAUUUUCUCGCGUCUAACCUGCCCCUGCACACAACCCACACCCCCAACAGUGAACUGUGGGAUCCCGCAUAUUGCCUUCUUUGCAUGUUAAAGAGACAAGGCGUGCAAACAUGAACACCAGAGAGAAGUCAAGACACCACAAACGCCGACGAUCAACAGAAAAGGCGCACAAUGGCGGAAAAGAACGAAGGCACAAAAACUUAUCUGCGCAUGCCCAAGCAAUAAGCGAACUCAUCAAUCCGGCACGCGUGGUGGUCUACGUGAGAGAUAACUAUUCAGACACUUGAUUUCUUCUUUAUGCAGGUUAAUGAAUGGUUGGCUCACACAUGCGCUUCCACUAUUAUUGAUAUGCCAGGCUGCAACCAUGAAACAUGUUUCUUCAUUCCUGUGCCAGUACGAAAUCACACAUUCAUCGAAUUUUGGCGUGUAUUUGCACUCUCGACAAUGUAACGAUAGGUUAGACUGUGAGCCUCCGGUUAGUGAUCUCCUAUGUUCCAUUAAUCUCUGGUUAACAGUGGCCCAUUUGCCCUACGUAGAAGCGGCCGCAGCUAAAAGGAAUCUUGUUCACCACACACGUACGGCAAUCAGUAAAUUUAUUGGUAUGGAGGCGAAAAUGUUUGAUGCCCGUGUACUAGAUUCAGGUGCACGUUAAAGAACCUCAGGUGGUCGAAAUUUGCGGAGCCCUCCACUACGGCGUCCCUCAUAAUCAUAUCGUGGUUUUGGGACGUUAUACCCCAGAUAUUAUUAUUGUUAUUAAAUUUGUUGGUAUGUGUCACAAAACAAAUGUCAGUUUGCUUCUGGUCUAUCACCCGCUCAUUCUUUCUCUGUACUGCGGCACAUAUCUUGCCUAGCUUAUUGGCAGCCGUAAAAACCACAUUAAUGCCGUAUCUACCCCCCCACUUUCUUUAGCCUAUCAGAUACGCAAUGAAUGUAAGGAAUACAGACGACAUGCUUUUUCCUAUUGCUUUCUGCAACCAUGCUUGGACUUAACAAAACGGACUUCUUUAAAGGGGCCAUGACACGGUCACCCAACAAUUUGUGGUUUUCAGUGAAAAAUUGAAGUAGAGGGUCUAUUAUACCUAUACACAUAGGUCGGCAAAAAGUGUGGAGCUCACUCAGACUCACUCAUGAAAUAUAUUUUGCCCUGAGAGCUCACUCGUACUCAGACUCACCAAAUUUUUUCUCCACCGGACUCACUCGGACUCAGACUCACUGAAAUUUUUCUCAGCCGGAAUCACUCGGACUCAAACUCACCAAAAUAUUACCCACUCGACCUCACUCAGACUCAGACUCAGGGCUCGAUCUGAGUCUGAGUGAGUCUGAGUGAGUCGACUCAUGAGUGAGUUUGCCGACCUAUGCCUAUACAUAUUUAAAACUUGGCCUGUAAAAAGAAUGUUUCAGUUAAAAAUGGGCCCUAGAAGUCGCCGGCUGUAAACCCCGCCCACAGCCAGCGACCGCCAUUUUGCCAUGGUGUGUGUGACGUCAUCUGCUGCACAGAGCGGCGCCGUCAUUUUCUGCCAAAGUUUCAGCCGCUGAAAAUCGUUCAAUUUCAUUGCCAAGCUGAAGGAAGAUGAAAUAGCUCAAUUGAACGUGCGGAUGACCGCAGAACAAAAUCGUUCGCCGGAAUGCAGACGCUCGCAAAGGAAGCAGCUCGUCACGUCACGUCACGUCACGGCUCACGAGUACGUCAGUGUUGCCGGACUCUCAGGCCGCUCGCGUGUUUAAAAAUAUUCAAUUAUGAAUUAACUGCUCGACCAAAUGCGCUAAAAUUUUGCCAGCUUGUUUGUGAACGCACAAGGAUUAACCGACAUAACACAGAUUAUGAUUGAAAAUUGGGUGUCAUGGCCCCUUUUUAAGCGUUCAGCGAAUCUUUAACAUGAAUACUUAGCAACUAGCUGAGCUCUCUAUUAUUCUAAGCCUUCUUUGCAUUACCAUAAAACAGCACAAGACGGAGGCAGAGAAGGCAGACACCAAAGCUCUGCAUGCUGCGGCUAUGCGACCACUUUGUACUUUGUCAAUUACAUUGCAGUAAUGCACACUGCACGCCUCGAGUAACAACGUGCAAUAACAAGUAUGCACUAAGUUGUCGAAGUACGCACUAGGGGCAGGAUAUCGCUAUCGCGUUCAACCCUUAAAGGCGAAGCUUAAGCGUCCCCCAAUUUCUAUUUGUGCAGGUUAUACAUGAGAAAAUAUGGUAUAUAUAUCCAGACCUGUUGAAUGUGUGUUCAGGGUAAAAGUUGCAGAUGUGCAUUAGCCGGUGCCAACUUUGUGCUAACAUUUAGUAACCUAACGUGUGAAUCGGCAAUUAGAAGUACGUGGGACCAAUGGAGCUCUGAAAAUCCAGCGAAUGGAAAAUGUGGUGAAGGCCAAGUUCAGUCAAGAUUUGUUAACUGUGAUUUACGGACAUGCACUCUUUUUCUAGAUUUUUUUUUCCUCUUAUUAUACAAAUUGUUUUAUAUGGAUUUUUUUUUCGACAUUACUUUCCUCGGUGAGCUGUGCCUUCGGACAAGUUUACAACUUCGUGUCUGUGUCUCUUUGGACGCGAGAGCCAAUUUUUCAUGAACACGUGCGUAUACUGAAUGGUGGAAUGUGUUACCUUCAAUAAAGGUUAUAUUUUUGUGAAUCACAGUGCA